AUGAAACCUUGGAACAAAAAUAGAGCGAAUUCGUUAUUGUUAAAAGACUCAGUUGGAGCACCAAAGUAAUCAAUCUACACUAUUCCUAAUGAUAUUUAUUUUGGCAAAGCAAUUGUUCAUGAUACUGAAGGGGCAUAAUAAGGUAAUAUGUUAUUUUACUUUAGUAACAUCAACUUGGUAUUAUCAUAAUAACAGUGAAUAAAAUCCACCUGAUAGAGAUUUUAUGAAAUUGAAUAAAAUGUGUAUUUCAAGCAAGUUGUAUGAUCAGAAACAAUUUUAUCUGUUCAGAUAAAGUAACGAUGCAAGAGUCUUUAGAAGAAGAGGAUGCAGUUAAAUUGAAAUGAAUUUACCUGACGAAAACUUUCGUUAUGGCAAACCCUAUUUACCUUAAUCUCCAAUGAAGAAUGUGUUAAGUGGCAGUUAUAUGAAUGAAGCAGAACAAUUAAUGGAUAAGAAAUAUGAUGCAAUAACAAAAUAUAAACAAUAAUAAAAUAAAAGACCGUCUACAGCAACUAAACAUACUAAGGCAAGUAAAUUAGCUUACUAAAGCUUAACCAAAUCUUUAAACAAAACAUAGCAACCAUAAUUCAAACUGAAAGAAUUUGAAAAAGUAGAACCAAAAACUAAAACAAGAUUUUGA